UGCUGUGUAGUCUUGUAAUGAGUAAAUACAAGAACUUUCUUUAAUUGAAUAAUACAUAAGAUUAUUGGUGCCUGAUUUCGGAAGGAAAUCACAUUUUGUUUUCAAGAAGCGAAAUUCCUGUUUAUAGAAAUGAGCCAACAGGUUAUAGUAGAAGGAGCGGUUGACGUAGGCAACAGAAUGGAUUACGACUACCUGAUAAAAUUCCUCGCUCUUGGUGAUUCUGGUGUGGGGAAAACUAGUUUCCUGUAUCAAUACACCGACGGGGUUUUCAAUUCAAAGUUCAUAUCAACGGUCGGUAUUGACUUUAGGGAGAAACGCCUGGUGUACAGAUCGCAAGGAAGAAGCCAGAGGAUACACCUGCAGCUGUGGGACACAGCAGGACAAGAGAGAUUUCGUAGCUUAACAACUGCAUUCUACCGAGAUGCCAUGGGAUUCCUGCUCCUGUUUGACCUGACUAACGAACAGUCAUUCCUCGAAAUACGGAACUGGCUCGAUCAGUUGAGGACACAUGCCUACUGCGAGGACCCUGAUGUUGUGUUGUGUGGAAACAAGUGCGACAUGGAAGACAGGAGAGUGAUAUCAGAACAGAAGGCGAAAGAAAUGGCUGAAAGAUAUGGGCUGGACUACCUGGAGACUAGUGCAGCGACAGGCCACAAUGUGGCGCGGGCGGUCGAGCUGCUGGUGGAACGCGUGAUGCGCCGCAUGGAGACGGCUGUGGACCGCGCGAUGCUGCCGGGCCGGAGGGGCCGCCCCCGCCAGGAAGGAGACCCGAGUGGCCCCGGGGGCGGAGCCGGCGUGGCCUCAGGGGGCGGUGGGGGUGGGGGCUGCUCCUGCUGAUCACUGGCCUCGGAAUUGUACCUUCAUUUGGUGGGAACGUGACCAAACAUACACCAAUGCAGUAAUCCAAUCUCGAGACAGAAUAUCAGGCUUAAAAUAUAUAUUGAACUACAUUAAAGUUUGUUAUUUUCUGUCUUAAAGCCAUCGAUUUAUGUUGUUACUUUUGUAUUUCACUUUUUUAAUUUUUUCAGUAAUUUUAAUAUUAUGGUGAAAAUACAGUCAUUUGUAAAUUUGUCGUCAUAUGUUAGCACAAAUUAAUAAUGUUGGAAACUGUUGGAGAAGAAACAAUUAGUCUUCCAAUUAAGGUGUUACAGUAGCAGUAACUUCUGCUAAUGGAAGAGGAAGCGUGGGUCUCAGAUGUGAAUCCAGGAGAUUGGCACUAUUACAGAUCAUAAGUUUGUACUGUAAACAUUUAGUGAUAAAUCACAAAUUGUCGGUACCGGUGUGAGACAUUUCAUUGCAAGAAUCUCGAUUUAGGAUCAUGUUUAAAUUAAUAUUAAGUAUUUUGUGUUUUUGAGGUGGUUUACUCAAGAAUUGGGCACCAUUACAUAAAAUCCUUUGCAGUUAUGAAUGUAAUUAAUUCAUGAUUCUUUGGUUGGUUGUAUUGCAAUUUUUUUAGCUGUAGUUCACUGAAUGUUUGUACUAGUGGUGGUUCUCUCCUGUGGCGCUAGAGCUGUCUCUCGAGCCUUCAGGCAGCUGAUUCAGGGGGUUGUUGGAAGAAAGUGCCAAUCACAAAAGUGUUUCAUGCUACUGUUAAGUGUGUGCUUAAAUUCAGAAGUGAAAACUGAAAUACAAUAAGGCAAAACUAAUUGUGUAGUAGACAGCUUUUUCUAGCUGUACAUAUGGAUAAGCUAAUUACCGAAAUGUGGUGCCUUUGUAACAUGAGGAAUAGUGCAAUCAGAUUAAUCGUUACUAAGCUGAAGGUUAGCAAGGCUUAGCAUUUUCUUCCAUUGACCCCCUCAGUUGGUAUCAUCCUCUAUAGAUGAUGGGCUAUAAGGCUUUAAUAUUCUCAAUCCAAUGUUUGUCACAUUGACCGACUGCUUCACAUCUGCUAUAAAAAAAAGACAUCUGCAGUUUUUAUUCAUAUUUUAUAGAAUGUGUUGUCACUUUUAUUUUUUGAAAAACUUGUGUUGGCCUAAUUGGGUAAUAUGUUAGCUUCCCAGAUUCUUUCAAAUACAGAAAUAUAGUUCUGCCGAGAGAAGUAAGCUGAAACAUUAAACCAUUUUGUGCUGUGCAGUGAGGCAUUAAUAUUAUGAAUCUCCUAACUUGACUUUGGAACAUUCAUGAAUUAUCUUCUCAGGCUUGAAGACAUAAUAUGAGUUAGCUACAUUUUGAAUAAAUGAUGUGCAGAGCAGAAUAACUGUGUACAUCAUAAAAAUACAAAACAGUUGUCAAAGUAUUAAUUACUCUUACAGUAGGCUUAUAAAGUGAUGACGGCACUAAAUUGUAACCUUGGAGGGAGGGGGAUGGCCCAUAAUUUUGCAAGCUUUGUGAAAUAUCUCUCUCUCUCUCUCUCUCUCUCUCUCUCUCUGGAUAUCACAAAGAUGCAGUGAUCAGUAGAAAAAUCAAUUACUUUUUUGUGAUUUUAUUAGUGACUCAAAUUUCUUGUAUUUUAUAAUAUUGUAUUUCUUUUUAGUUGACUAUCUAUCAUUUGUAAUAAUCAGCGUAAAUGUUUAUUUGAAAUCCUUAAAUAUGGCAUUUGGACACACAAUGAAAUGUGUGUAUGGAGGUCACAGCAAUAAGUUGUAGUUCCAAUUUGUGGGUGGUUUAACCGUUAUCUUUAGGGAGGCAAUUGAUACAUAAGCCUAGUUCUCAUUUUGAUCUUCUUAAUUUCCCACAAAGUUAGUUAACUGGUUGCAUCAUUCUAACCAGUGAAAAUAUUUAAGAAAGAAAUUUCAUUAUACCGCAGAAUGCAACGUCAGGAGUGUUGCGCAUCAGAGAUGGAUGUUCCUUCUCCUUUGUGCCUCACUGUGUCAGUGUAUAGAGUGCUUUAGAAGUUAUGUCUUUAUAAUAAAUCACACGUCGAUAUUCCACUUAUAAUGUUAUGUGGCCAACUGAGUCACUGUAUAUGCAGGACUUUGAAAUUGCCUCCAAAUUAAAACUCAAUAUACAUUUAGCUGGUGCUCGCAUAUAUGCAUAUGCAGUAACUAACUGUCAUAUAGUGUGUGUUCAAACUUGCUGUCUCAGUAUUAUGUAUGUAUUUGUGCAAGUAUUGAUGUGUAUGGCCAUGUCAAAUCUAAAUGCAUUACAGUUGUUAUAUACUGAAAUGCUUGUGUGUUUGUACUAUGUGUCUUUGACAGAAAUUGUUAUGACUGGUUGUUACUUAUAAACUGAGCUAGUAUAUUUUCAUUCACAUCAUUACUAUAAGUGAAUUCCUCAAACAGUUAUCAGUAUUUUGUACCGAUAUGUACCUAAAAAGGGUGGAGAUAUAAAUAUUUAACGAAUAUGUAUAAUUUUGAAAUCUUGUUGCCUAGAUAAGUCAGAUACAGUUGUUGAAUGUUAUGUAGAAAUUGAGAUAAUUAAGUGUCUGCAUAUUAAAAUGGGUUUGGCAGAAGUGGUGUCACAAAAGCCAUCAAAAGCACACAUUUUCUGUUUUAAUACCUCGUGAUGUUUGCCCCAACCACCACAUGCAAGUAACAAUGAAUUCCAACUGGCACUAUAUUAUGCGCAUUCUGAAAUGUCACCCUACGUUCAACCUUGUAGUCAAUUGGAGAAAAAAAAUCAGAGCCACUCCUUUCAACUGCUUCACAAUCGAUGUUGGCAGUUGCAGGGAUUGUCAUCUGUCUUGUACUAUAGAUUUACAUUGGAUUUCUCACUUUCUGCAGUAGACAGUCUGUUUUUGAGCUGUGGGAGGAAAAAUUGUUUCUCAAUGACCCACACUGAAAGAUCAAGCUCCUUGUUCUUGUGGAUAUAGUGCCACAAAAUGAAUGUUGAGCACAGUGAAUAUAGUUAUCAAGAGAGUGUGAAAAACUGUCAGUGGAGCAGGUCGGGUUGGCACCAUACUAAUGACUGUCAGGACUAAAGGGGCAUAUUGUCAGCAAGAUGAGUGUUUUAGCAGAAAAGAGCUGAGGUAUGAAGGAAGGUGGGGGUUCUUUGUUAUCAUGAGCAAGUCCCCUUUACAUCAUAUUUGUUAUAAAAAUGUUUACUUAUUCAUUUAUUUAUUUUCCUGUCCCAGUGUAAUACAUGCUCAGUUUCGAAUGAGUCCUCUCAUUUUUUAACAGGUGUCUACACAAAAAAUUACAUCAUUAGUGAAAAAUAUAAACACAAAAUGUUAAAAUAUAUAAAAGUUCUUGACAUUCUAUAGUAUAUCUAGAGGUCACAAAAGUCCAUCGCAACGGCUGUGACAUACCUGCAUUUUUAUUGUAAUUUUAAAAUAAUUCCAGUGUAAUAUGUAAAAGUUUUGUUCUGUUCCUACAGUCGAUAUUCUUGGCACAAGUGACUUCCGUGCCACUUAGCAGAUAUGGUCAAAUGUACUUGAUAGGUGCCAAUAAGUGUGUGUGUGCACUGUCAUCUUGCCACAGCACUGGUGUGUGUCUGCCUAUUCCAGUUAAUAACUGACAGUGUGUGCCUCUCAAUCUCUUCUGUUUUAUAAAAUACUUAAAAUUUUCCCAUUCUUCAUAAAAAGUGGUUGUAACAUUGCACAUUUUGUUAAAAUUUGAAACUGUAUUCGUAACACUGUUACACUGACAGCAUCCACAACUCCACUGCAGUUGCAAACUUUACAAUUUUAAUUAAAAAGCUCUUAAAUCAUUCAAAAUCUCAUAAAACAUGUUGUAAAUUGAGUUAGAAUAUUAAAAUGGUUUGAAAAUGAAUGGACUCAUUCAAAAACAGUCACCAAUAAGGAAUAUGUAUGCAACUGUAACAAGAAACUAAAUAAAUAAUAAAAUAUAGUUGCUGAUCCUUUACAUCGAUGUGGUGUUGGAGUUACACAGAUGUAUAAAAUAUUGCUCUGAAAUAUUUGAGAACAGUAUGCAGUUACCUGCUUCUGCCACCCAAUGCUUGUUGCCAUAUAUAUAUAUA